UAUACACACAAACAUUAUAUAUUGGUGCAGCCACCACAAUCUCUCCAUAACUCUCUCCAUUUGUGUUUCUUUUUUCCUCUCUCUCUCUCUCUCUAGCUCUAUUGUGUUUAAAGUGUUUAAGAGAAAUGGGAGAGAUUUCUUGCACUAAUGGGAUCAACAAUUGGAGUGAAGCAAAUGGCAAGGGCCAUAGUAGUACACUAAAUGGUUACAGGAAGAGUUGCUGGUAUGAGGAGGAGAUUGAAGAGAACUUGAGAUGGUCUUUUGCUCUCAAUAGUAUAUUGCAUACAGGAGAAACUCAGUAUCAGGACAUUGCACUGUUGGACACUAAGCCCUUUGGAAAGGCUCUAGUCAUUGAUGGGAAGCUUCAAAGUGCUGAGGUUGAUGAGUUUAUCUACCAUGAAUCUCUGGUUCAUCCAGCUCUUCUCCAUCAUUCAAAUCCAAAAACCAUAUUUAUAAUGGGAGGAGGAGAAGGUUCAACUGCAAGAGAAAUACUGAGACAUAAGACAGUAGACAAGGUUGUCAUGUGUGACAUUGAUGAGGAGGUGGUGGAGUUCUGCAGGUCAUACUUGGUUGUGAACAGAGAAGCUUUCUGUGAUCCAAGACUACAACUUGUCAUCAAUGAUGCCAGGGCUGAACUAGAGAACAAAGAAGAGUCCUAUGAUGUGAUAAUAGGUGACCUUGCAGACCCAAUAGAGGGAGGCCCAUGCUACAAACUCUACACCAAAUCAUUCUAUGAGUCCAUUGUUAAGCCCAGACUCAACCCAGGUGGCAUCUUUGUUACACAGGCAGGACCAGCUGGGAUUUUCAGCCACACUGAGGUUUUCUCUUGCAUUAACAAUACCCUUAGGCAGGUUUUCAAAUAUGUUGUGCCUUAUUCAGCUCAUAUUCCUUCAUUUGCUGACACUUGGGGAUGGGUCAUGGCAUCGGACACCCCAUUCACACUGAGUGCUGAUGAAAUAGACCUCAGAAUGAAGCAAAGAAUCAAGGGAGAGAACAAGUACUUUGAUGGGAAGACUUUUACAUCAGUCUCUACCUUGAGCAAAGCCGUUCGGAGAUCACUGGACAAUGAAACUCACGUGUACACAGAAGGAACAGCAAAGUUCAUAUAUGGAUAUGGACAUGCCAGUGCUUACAAACACAAUCAAGCUUGAUGCUGGAGUGGAAGAAAGGAAGCCAAAGACCUAUUAAGACUGAAAAUGAAACAUAUAAUCUUUUAAGAAAAUUUCUUCUGUUUUCAAUUAAUUACCUUUAUGCAUGGGAUAGGGUUUAUGUAUUCUCUUCUCUCUUUUGCUUGUGUAGCUUCCUCAUGAAUGGUGCAAUAUGAUGCAAAAUGUAUGGGCCUUGGUUCUGGUUUUAAGACAAGAAAAUUUUAUUCAUUACUG